AAUCGUUAGAGAAGGGGAAGAAAAAACGAAGAACGAUUUCAAACGAGAGAGAGAAAAAAAAAAGUGCCGAUUAAAAAAAUAAUGGGGAAAAAAAGGGAAGGGAAGGUGUAGAAUGCAUUAAAGCGGCGAACCGGCCUUGUAUUGUUUCGAUUUGAUUCUACUGGAUUCGCGGUUUUGAGGGCUCUCAGUGAGAUGAGUUUAUAAUGAUGGUAUGAUGGUUUGAUGAUGUGGAGGAGGAUGUGGGGUUGAGGAAAGGAAGAAGUGGGGUUAGAUCUGGAUCGGUGGUUUGUUUGUCCAGAAGAGAGUUUUGAACAAAUUGGUGGGAUUGGGAUUGGGAUUGGGAUUGGGAUUGGGGAUUGUUUGUUUCGAUUGCGUAGAAAAUACGUGGCGUUGUGAUGGGGUGAAGUUGAAUAAUGGGAAGAGAGGAGGAGGAGGAGGUGAGGCAAUGGAGAAUAUGAAUAUGAAUAUGAAUGUCAUCAAGUGGGGAACAUGCGAGGAAUUGUUGUUGGGAAGCGCAGUGGAGAGAUAUGGCACGCAGAAUUGGGACUUGGUUGCCAAACAACUGCAGGCCAGGCUUCCCUGCGUUUUCUUCUCGCCAGAGGUUUGUAAGGCAAAGUACGAUGCGUUGCAGGGGCGAUUCGAGUGUAGCGGGACGUCGUGGUUGGAGGAGCUGCGGCGGCUCAGGGUUGCGCAGUUGCGGAGGGAGUUGCAGCGGUCGGACGACUCAAUUGGGUCUCUGCGAUCGAGGCUGGAGAGGUUGCAGGGGGAGAGCGGAAAGAGCGGUGGUGGAAAGGGAGGGGGUUCGAAGGCGUGUUCGGAGAGGUCCAAGGAUCGAUCCUCGGCUGGGAGCUUUACCGAGGUAGCAGAUGAUGGAGUACAGAAGACGCCUGAGAGGAAGCGUGAAGGGGCAGAGAAGGCUGACGGAAUUGAGAACGGGGGAGGGGUACGAGAUCGGGAAUCGAACCCGUCACCUGUCCGCGAGGAACGAGCAACGGCUCCUUUUGCCCCUGCUGCAGCGGAUCCAGAUCGAGCAGAGGUGGCAGGUUCGAAUCCCCCGGAGGCCCAGGUGGCCCCAAAUCCUGCCCCCGCUGUUGCUCCUCCUCCUCCUCCGCCUCCUCCUCCUGCGACUGUUCAUCACCCGACAUCUCCGCUCGAUUCAUUCUAUGGCAGCUCUGAGACAUUGGCGGAUGAGGAGAACAGGAAACCUUUGCACGAUUUUGUGGAGUCGAAAAGGGCCAAUUUGCGGUCCAAGCAACGGUCGAGGCGUCCCAGGGCUAACGCCUGGGCUGGUUUUCCUCAGCAGCCAAAGGCCGCCAUGGAUUCAGAAGCAGAGCUUCCUAAGAACACGCCAGAUGAUUCACAGGGAGCGGCGGCGGCGGCGGCGCCUGCGGCGCAUCAUGAAAUGGAUGGAAACACAGAGAAUUCGGGGUUGCAGACAGUGGAGACGAAGGCUUCUGAGAAAAGCUUUCGAAGGAGACGAAAUCAGCAGGGCAAUAAGGGUUUGGUUGUUCGUUCUGAGAGCUCCGAGGAAGAAGGCAGCGGCGAAUCCAUGGGAGAAGACAAACGCGUUGUAGAUAGCGAUGUAUUGAGCUCUGUGUUGCCGCCCCGAGAGAGCGGCGGUAAGGGUUUGAGUAGCAGCCAUGAAGAUUACAUGUCUGCAAGGUCUUCAGGGGACAGUCACAUGGAAGGGGAGGGGGCUGAGGAAAUUGAGACCUCUCCUAUGAGCAGAAGGAACAGGAGGGAGCCCAAGGUUCCUGGGAAAUUGUUGCCUUUGUUGGAGUGCUUAAGGUCCAUCUCUAGUCACAAGUUUGCUCCUCUCUUCAAGCAUAGACUUGAAAGCCAGAGCAAGCAGCAAUACAGAAACAUGAUCAGAAGGCACAUGGAUUUGGGAAUGAUAAGGGCUAGGUUAGAGGAAGGAACUUACUCUGGCAGUCGUGAAUUCUUCCGGGAUUUGCUGCUGAUUUUCAACAAUGCAUUGGUGUACUACCCUAAAUCUUCUCAGGAGUAUGCAGCUGCUUGGGUUCUUAGACAGCUUGCAAGCAAGGAGAUGGAGAAUAUAUUCAAGACAGAGGCUUUGUUAAAGCAGGAAGGCCCAUCUACAAGGAAGAGAGAGCCCAGAAAACCCUCAGAGCCCAAUUCAAAUGCAGGCAAGUUCAAUCCCAGUUCCAUUGGCAGAAGGAGGAAUACAAGGUUGUCAUCAGGUGGGGGAAGAACAAAUAGUACAGGGAUCCCUAGAUCUGCAAGAGUGAACCAUGAACAAUACCCAUCUGCUAAAGAUGAGGAAAGCAAUGACAUAAAGGAAGAAAACAAUAAGCCUGAAGAACCCAAGGAUGCCAUUGACAUAGCUUCCUCUGCACCUCCAAAACCAAAACCUAAUGUUGAGACAACACAGAAAUCUGAAGCAACAAAUAUGAAAAAGUUGAAAGAUGGGUCAAGGAAUGUAGCAGAAGGGCAGCAGGGGAAGAAAGUGAAAGAUCACAUUGUGAAGAGCUUUGCAAGCAACUUCCAACCCAAAAAGAUCAGUGGCAUUGACAAGGAUCCCCCUAGAAAGAGUGUUACCAAUGAAACCAAGAGGGAAAGUUCCCAAAAAAGCAAUGAUGAACCCAAAAAGCCAUUUGGCAGCAUUGUUCAAAGCCCCCCAAGCAGGGCACUGAAGAAGGAACAAGAGGAACAGGAAUCAGAUCCACCACCUCUAAAAAGAGGGGUUGGAAGGCCCCCAAAACAUGCAAGAAAAGGAGAUGACUCAACACCUUCAAAGUCAAGAAAGAGGGCCAAAAGAUGAGAGAAUCCCCACACUUUUUUUGAACUUUUGCUUAGCAUAUAAACUCAAAAUGCCAUUGCAUUGCAGGUUGGUCAUGUAUAUAUCUAUGGCUGGAGGAGGAUGAAGAAUCAGCAUCAUCCACAUGUCUGCCAUAAAAGAGAAGAGAUAGAGAUCGAGGAGCUAAAUUCAUGUAUAAAUUGUAGCAAUGAUGACUGUUGUAGCACUAGUUUUUGAAUGGUGUCUCCAAUUGAGGCCGAUGACUAUGAUGAAAAAGUGAUUGUUGUUUUUUUGUUUUCACAAUGCAAGAAAGGCCUCUGUCCACAAAACUCUGGAUUAAAUCAUUAUAUCCUUGUGUUUUGUUUUCACCAUUAAAGUAGAUGAUGUAAGUCCAAUGAAAUCCUGUCCCACAGAUUAUUAUAGUAUUUUUUUCACUA